UUUCUUAUUGAAUCCUUUUUACUGUUUAUAUUCAUCAAUUCUGAUUGGCAGGCUGGCUGACUCUAACCAAUUUUUCACUAUACUGAGUCAUUGGGAGUUGGGGUAUAUGAAAAGGCUGUUAGCUAUGAUCUGUCAAGAGACACCAAGCAGGUCAUAAAACCUGAAUUGACUGGACUGCUGGGUGCUCGUCUUUUUGAUAAAGCUGUUAUGUACAAAUCAACAAUGGUAGUAGAGCCUGUUUGUUUUGAGUUUCCUGAAUUCAAGGGCAACUCACGUCGUGACUAUUGGUUGGAUAUAUCUUUGGAGAUCCUGCAUGCUCCCAGGUUUAUCAGGAAAAACAACUUCAGGGGGAUUCAUCAGUCAGAGGUACUUGCAAGAGCUGCAUUAGGCAUCUUUCGUUAUCGUGCGGUUAGGGAAGCUUUCCACUUCUUCUCAUCCCAGUACAAAACCAACCUUACUUUUAACCUGGCUGAAAGUCUUCCCUGAGGAGAUAUGAUUUUGGAAACUCUUUCUAGUUAUUUGGUGCUUCUAGAUCCCAAAUCUUCCCCAUGUAAUGUCAAAUAAUCAGGGAAGCUAUCUCCAGUUUCACUUCUGACACUUGGUCAACUGGGAUUUAUUGUACAGAAGGAUAAGAAUCAGGAUGGUGAAGUGUUAACAGUGGGAGAUAUUCGUGUUGGGGAGACUAAUCCCUUAUAGAUAGCAGUUAAAGAGUCACUAUCAAACAUGCUCAGGGUUGAAGCUGCACAGGCAACAGUUGAACAAGUAAAGGUGGACAGAAUUGACACAAAUCUUGCCGUCACGAAGGAACUAUUAUUUCCUGCUAUUGGCUUAAGUGCUCAUGUUCAACUUUUAGCUUCUUGGAAAGACCCUUUUAAGUCAUCAGUCUUUCUGGGGUUCACCAGCCAUGCUAUUUUAAGGUGCAAGGAGGAUGCUAUUUUGGUUUCCCCUGUGGGUCAGCUGAUUACUUCAUGCUAUGAACCUGAAACCUAAAAAGAAUUUAUUGAAACCAAUUUCUGCUGCGUCUUUUUUGUUUCUCAUUUUUUGGGGGACAAGCAUGGGCACAGGUGUGCAAUUUUAUAAUCACAUCCUUGGACCAUCAAAAAGAAAGAGUCAUAAGGUAGAAAGAGUCAUAAGGUAGGAAUUCUCCCUGAUGCUUUUUGCACUUGUUAGCCUUUUAGAAGAAGAGCACUUUCACCAUAGGGCUGUCAAUUUGUCAUAGAAUUUACAUUGCCUUAGUAUGGUGGUCUCAAUUGACCUGUUGAAUGUUGUCUGUCCAAUAGCAUAUUAUUCUUCAUUUGAUGUGGCAGGUUCAGCAACUCAAACCUAGAUGGGCUCCAAUAUGUUGAUUUUUCUGAGCAGAGUGACUUAACAGUUUUGACUUGGUUUUUUCUCCUCUUUUCUUUUGUUUUCUCUUUGUUAAUUUAUACUUCAUGUGAAAUACCAUCUUCAAAGAACAAAUGCAGUUUUUAACGCAUGCUAGUAGGAGCACACACAAACAAACCAAAACAGCAAUAUCUUUAAAUAAAUAAAAGACAGUGAUUGGUACGCCAUUUGAUUUAACACAGUCUGCAACACACUCAUUAAACGAUUAUUAUUUUCAAAUUUGAAUUAAAGGCAGGGAAAUUUUCAAGUGCAGAUUUUAAUGGCUGAACUGGUGAGUAUCGGCAAGUGUGUUGAAAUGGAGAUGUACCAAUCAUUUUCAAAAAUAAAUCAUUCAAGAAUCAAGAUGCUCCUUUGCUGUGGAGAACAACUUUAUUUUGUAUGUUUAUCUAUUCUAGUUUGUACCGUACAACUAUAAUCAAGUAAUGCAUCUUCG